AUGGAUCAGGGGGUGGAAGAAAGCGGAAGAGGAGGCGUGGAGAGCAGCGGCAAUCAUGCCUGUCCAAAUCCCUUUGUAAAUUCAAGUAAAUAUAUUAACGGCCAUUUGUACAAAAAGAGCAAAGAUGUCUCAAUGCAGAACGGUAACGGUAAUGGAUUCAUCCUGGGUGGUUCAGGUGCACCGAUUGAAUAUGAGACCUCAACAGUUAGCACUUCGCGCAUUGGUGAAGAAGUUGAUUACUUCCAUCAAAACGAGUGCAAAGGGGGUGGUAUCCCCCACGGGGAUCCUGCGGUCCAACGUAGCGACAUUCCCAACGGGGAUGGUAUCACUCAUAUGAAUGGGUCCAUCAACAGGAAAAAUAUUAUGAACGGGAGUGACGCCAAUAAUAUGCCAUAUAAUAGUUACUCCAGUAAACUUGUUGGCACCAUGGUGGACUCAUGCUCCAGACACCAUGUAAAUGGAAAUAUAGACCCAUGCCACAACGGAAGUGAAAAGGGAGCUAAAGUUACUGAACAUGUCAUCGGGUCGGUUAACAGUAUAAAUGAGAGCAUGCAUGGAGAAGGGAAGUAUGGGAAAUUUCUGGGCGUAGAGGAAGUAGGAUACCCUGAACCCCUUUUUGAUGAGUGUGAUAAAUCCAUUCAAGAAAAUGUAGACCUUGGAUUGAUUAGUUCAAUGAAAAGUUCAGGGGAAAUGCACUUUGGAAGUGUGAACAUGGAGGAGGGAGAUGGGCCAAGUGAAGACUACCACCACUCCUCCCAAAGUAACGGAACAAGUGCACCUAGACGCAGCGAACAAGUACCAAAUGGGUACAGUGAAAAUAAAAUUAUUUCCCAUAAAACGGAUAGUGUAGUUCAGGUGAAGAAGAAAAAAAAUGUUACCUUUACUAGCGAGAAUGACGUGUUUAGCAUCUCCCCUGGGGUGAGCAAGGAGGACACGUUCGGCUAUUAUUCGAAUGGUGUGACGGCGAAUGGAGUUAUUUCGAACGGAGUUAUUUCGAAUGGAGUUAUUUCGAAUGGAGUUAUUUCGAAUGGGGUUAUUUCAAAUGGAGUUAUUUCAAAUGGAGUUAUUUCAAAUGGAGUUAUUUCAAAUGGAGUUAUUUCAAAUGGAGUUAAUGGCAUGCCGAACGGGGGCUGCGUGGUGCAGGAAGAAGAACAAAGCCCCGUUGGAAGUACAAACUUGAAGAAGACACACACAAGUGUCUAUAGCACCACCAGCGGGAGUGACGUAAACAACCAGAUCGACGCAACCGGCGACAUGUAUAAUUUCAUCACACUAAAGCAAAACAACAAUAACUACCAUCCUAAUAGUGUUAAUAAUAAUUACAUAGAAUACGACAUCAACAAUAAUGGACCAUUCUUCCCGAGCAUGUCAUCUGGGUUCAAAAGUGAUUCAAUGACGAGCAACACUUUCGGUUCUAUUGACGUGGGCACAGUUGUGGAAAACAUGGAUCAUCCUCCUCAAGAGGGGGAUAUUUCUUCACCAGCUGCUCAGGCCAUGAGCAACGGAGCCUACAGCGUGUGUAGCACCGGUCCGCAGGAAUGGGUAUAUAAGCAUGGUAGUCAAGGUGAGGAUCAGUCAGGAAAUGUGCCAAACGUAGUUAGCGGUAGCUUGGUCAAUGGGGACUUGCCCAAUGGGGACAUGCCCAAUGGGGACAUGCCCAAUGGGGACUUGCCCAAUGGAGACCCGCGUGGCGAAACCCCCAUCAGUGAAAACCCAGUAAAUGAGCAGGAGGCAAAAGGAGACGCAGGGGGGGCAACCUAUUUCCCCGCGCAAGUACCAAACGCAAGCGAUACAGCAGUUAAUGCUAUGUACGAUAGUAGUAGUUACAGAUCCAAUGGGGCCAAGUGGAAGGAUCUUCCAUUGAGUGGCGAAUCGAUGAAUACAGGUACGAAUGGAAUGUCAGGGCGAGGAGGUACUGUAAAUAAGAACGACAAAAGUGCCCCUUUAAACGGAAAAGUAAAACAAAUGAUAGAACAACAUAAAGGAAAUGCCCGUUCGAAGAAUGUGAGCUUUAGUAAAAAAUUGGUUUUCUCCAAGAGUAAGGAGAAGAUUAAAAUGUCUAACUAUCCUUCCAAUGUCGUGAAUCCAACUGGCGGAAUUAACCAACCACAUAGGUUUAUCAAUGGCCAUCCGCAUACGCUCAGUGCUAACAUGCCUCCGAUGGGUUCUCCACCCAAACGUGGAGUUCACACGACCAAUAUGAGUGGCAUGUACGGUAUUUCUCAAGGGGAAAACGGAAUGGUCGACAUGAAAAACGAAUUCUUGAUGAGGUACCUCAGUGAUGUGGAGAAGAUGUAUCAAAUAAGGGAGAGAAUCAAACAGUACGAAAAGAAAGUUAGUAAGAACAGGACGAACGUAAGGGAAGGAAGAAAUAUCGCAGGAGAUGCAAGAAGAAGUGGGAACUCCAGUAGUCUGAUAAAUUACUACAAUAUAUUGGAGCUUCUCUACCGAUCCAGUGUAAAGAAAAAAAACAUGAAUGACAAACGGAUCAGAACUUUGUUGUACGUUUUUAAGUAUAUUAAAAAUAUCGAGCGGAGGAGAAAAAAAAAAAAAAAAAUUUACCUCUUCGACGCGACGACUCUGCAUCGUCUGAAUAAGCAGGUCGACCUGUACAUCGACUUUGUGGAAAGGCGGGAGUACAGAAGUGACUUAGCAGCCCACUUGCGCAGGUGGGAUGGUAUUCUGUUAGGGGAGCCCGAUAAGAAGGAGACGAUAAGUCUUGGGGGGAGUGAAGUAAAGCCUAGUGACGAAAAGCCUGUUGAGGAAAAGCCUGUUGAGGAAAAGCCUGUUGAGGAAAAGCCUGUUGAGGAAAAGCCUGUUGAGGAAAAGCCUGUUGAGGAAAAGGUAAAUGAUAAAAGACAAAGGGAUGGAGGACCCCGCGCGAAAAAGGGGAUCCACAUGCAGUCGAAGUUUAUUCAGAACUUGCUCAAGAAGAAGUCCAAUCUAUAUUGUAGCUCUCCCGGAAAUGUGGAUCAAGUCCACAGUGAGAGCUUCUAUUUCCAGCAUGCGUUGAAGCAGGUGAACUACCUAUCCAAUUUGCUCGUGUACAUGCACUUUAUCCUUUUGAAAUACGUAUCAAUUUUCUCCCUGUCUGAGUGGAACGCGCUGUUGUUUCGGGACAUCGACUCGUUUAACUGCGGCCAGUGGGGGCGCUCCACCGAGGAGGUGAAGGAAGAAAUAAAGGAAGGAGCGGAUAAGGAAGGAGCGGAUAAGGAAGGAACGGAUAAGGAAGGAGUGGACAAGGAAGAAGUGGAUAAGGAAGAAGUGGAUAAGGAAGGAGUGGAUAAGGAAGGAGUGGACAAGGAAGAAGUGACAGAAGAAGGAGCGGAUAAGGAAAAAGUGGACGAGGAAGAAGUUAAUGUAGUUACUGAGCAAGUGACAGAACCCACAGAAACGAUGAACGAUGCCCCUCCCGUUGUCGCAUCCAUGGCGACAGAAAAUGAAAAGAGCACAAGUGCGAAUGAACCGGGUGAGUUCCGCCUAGACGCAGCAACGGUGGAGAAGCUGAACCCGCUGCGCAUCAACAGAGAAAACACCAUUGAUAUAAAUUACUACGAAUAUGUGAUUGAGCCCUUUGACUUUUUCUUCUAUGAAAAUGUAUACAAUGAGAUAUGCACCUACGUGGAGAUGGGUAGGAAUAGCGCUGCGAUCAGUGAUGAGGUGGGUGCCUCCAACGCGACGGCGCAGUUGCUGAAGAAUUUGCCCUACCAGUACUAUGAAUUCGUAGAAAUUCUAAAGAAAGAAAUUAUGAACGUCAGGGACUUAAUCUACCGAAACAGAUACAUCCGAUACAUAUUCUAUUACAUUUAUCGAAACAACAAUCACGACCUCCUGAACUCAGUCAACCAUAUAUUCCAAACAGAGAAGAAGAAAAUUCAAUUGUACAAGCUACAGAUGAAAAUGAGAUACAACAUAUUCUUGUCUCGUUUUUUUGAGCACGAGUACGUUAUUGUAAAGUGUCCUAGUAAGGAGAAGAGGGAUGAGGAAUUUGAAUCAUGUGGACUGAACUUCAUCGAGGCCAAGGAGAAGUUGUUUAGGUGUCUGUUUGGGUCAUAUAGGGAAUACUACUGUGCCUACCAGGCUAGGAUAGAACGACUGCGGGGCGGCAUGCGGAGGGCCCUGGGCAUCCCCGAUGAGAGAUUCCCUUACUUGAGGAAGAAAAUCGCUUUUUACUCGGAGCUCUUUGAGGAUUUGAAGCGGCGCUUUGCAGACCGGGUAAACGGAAAGGAGGUAAACGGAAAGGAGGUAAACGAACAGGAGGUAAAUGACAUUUGGGCGGAUGACGGUGGGGUGCAUGACGGUGGGGCGAACGAAUGGAACAUGUGUCAUCCCCACGACCGGAAGAAGCUGACCUUCGACGUGGCCUAUCAAUACGUGGAGUACAUGUUCCAGAAGAAGUACGCCCUUAUCAUAAACAGCGAGAAGAACAAUUCUAGGAAGUUGAAGGCAGCGUACAUUGUGAAAAGAAAUCUCAAGGACAGAGAGAAUCUGAUAAUCGUAACGUCUGUAUUGAAUAUUAUAAAGUGGAAAAGUUUGUUUCAGACAUUCGAGAAUGUUACUGUCUAUCUGAAUGAAGAAAGUAUUCUCGAAAACAAGAUACAAACAGAGGAGAAAAACUUAAUCAUCUGUGUGGAUUUCUUACCGAAAAUUAUACACGUUCCCUGUGAUGUCAUCAUACUCGACAUGUCUCAUUUCAAUUUAUUGAAUAGAAUUAGCAUUUUGAAUGAUCUCCGUUUUUUGAACUUUUCCAGGAGGAUAAUUAUAAUGAAUAACGUGUUGGAUGAAAAUUGGAGCUUGUUGUCGUCUCUUUUUUUUCUUAACAGUUCCUUUUUCGACAACACCAUAAUUUCGAGGAUUCAGCUGAGUCAGAGCGAGGAAGACAAAAAAAUUCUGGGUCAUCUGAUGCGGGGAUUUGUAGAGCACUUUUGCGUAAUCAACAGGGAAAAGAUCGACUCACCACACGAUAAUCCAAAUGGUCAAGUGGUGACUAAUCCAACGAAUAUGGUAGUAUCCCCCGGAAUGUCCCAUGCAGCGAGGAAGAAGACGCGGUUCCUUAUAACCUAUAUGAGUGGCAUACAGAAGUUCAUCUAUGAUAAGGUGAACGAGGAGGAUAAGUUGGAGGCGUCUGUUCAUCCAUUGCUCCUCCUGGACGAGAACAACUUUUUCCUGAAGGAUUUUAACAUUUCAGAAAAGUUUGAUCUGCUGAAAAAUAUCAUCAAGAAGUUCCACAUGUUGAGGAAGAGGAUUCUUCUGUGCUACUCAGGGAGAGACAAAUUAGAAAAACUAAUAAAGAUGCUUCUGUAUGUGAAUUUACUUAACGACACUUCUAUUGUAACUUCCUUCGAUAUAGAAAGGGAUAAGGAUUCCAUAAAUGUAGAACAGUAUGACGUGGCUGUGGUAGUGAACAACCAUGUAGAAUACUUAACGUUCUUCAAGGAUAAAGACAUUGCUUGUUAUCUACUUAUUUCGGCUUUCACUAAAGAGGAGGAAGAAAUCCUGGAUACCUUUAAGCAUAAGAAGGAAGUUCAUUUUUAUAAGAAGAGAAAGGAAGAAUUGAUGCGUUCGGGUAAAUCAUGUAGGGAUAGUAUAUACAGAUACUACAUCAACAAUAUGCUUUCCGAAAAUGAUGAACAGUUCCUAUUGUUUAACAUUAUCGAUCAGAAGGAGAAGGUAUAUUGUAACACCUCCUAUGACGAGGUGGUCCUUCCUACGUGCUUUGUUUCGACUCUGACUCACUGUGAAGAGGCCCUUGGGUACUCAGAACAUUGGCAAGACAUAAAGAACGCCCACAGCUUCUGGAAUUUUAACAACUUUAACCGGGACAAGGUCAUCUUCUACCUGGACCGGAAGAACACUGUGUACGACAAGUACCAGAACGUGGUGUGUCCCAUAUCCGAGGAGUACAUUUCCCCUCCCCAGAUUUACUAUUAUCUGACCAACCCGAUGAACGAGAAAAACACCUUCAACAACUGCCUCUCCCUGGCGAUCGAUGAAAUUAUACAGGAGAUGAACCGAAAGAAGGAACUAGACGAGUUUGAUGAAAUGAAAAAGAUGACACUAUUGAACAUUAAGGAGAAGGCGAGCAAGAAAUAUUUUUCUUCCAUUCGUAAGGUGGAGAAAAUUCUGUCCGAGUUUUUAAAUGAAAACAAGAAGAAAUCCUUUGAGCGCUUUUUGAAGGGUUGCGAGAGCUAUGGACAAGUCAUCACCAAGUGCAAGGAGAAGCUCUUCGUUACCUUCAACAAAACGUACAACAUUCACUUCAAGUACUUUGAGGAUUUCUGGCUGGGCGAGGAGAAGGAGCGAAGGGAGAAGUGGAGGAAGUUAUGGGAUUUGCACGAGGCGAAGGAAGAUGACAACAGGAACAAUAACACCAUUAACAACAACAGCAACAACGAUAACAACCACCAAACUGACAACACCGACAACCACAACAACCACAACCAACACAACAACAACAACAAUGGCGAUAAUAUCAGCGGGCCCUCCGGGGAGAAUAACCUUGGCAAUGGGGCUGAUACAAGUGGCAACAACAACGACGCGGAUGACCUCAUCAACAGUGUCUUCAACACUACUGUGAACGAAAAAAAUGACACCAAUGACAAGUACCAAGCAAACAAUGCCUUCGCCGAGGAUGAAAAGACAAAGAACGAGAUAAAUUUUCUUGAGAAGAAAAACUUCCGCAUUAGACUUUCAUCACAGUUGUUUGAUGAAAAGGAAUUCGAUCAACUCUUUAUGGACAGGAAAAGAAUAUGCCUACCUAAUGACGACAACCUAAAGGAUGAUAACAACUCAUGUUCAUUAGAGGAGAAGAAAGAGGAGAAAGACAAGAAGACCUGCUUGUACAUCGAACGGAAGGAGAGCGAGGAGCCUUGCCACGUGUAG